UAAAAACGUGAAGUGUGGAACGGAAAGAAGUCAAUAUGUCGGAUGACAGUGCAGAUAGCGAUUUCUCAGACCCUGAGAGUGUUCACAGUACUAGUGGUCCUGGUAGUCCUGCAGGAAGUGUGUCAGGAAGUGGAGGAGGCAGGAGCCCAGCAGGAAGUGCACAUGGAAGUGGAUCGGGGAGUGGAGAAGAGAGUGGGGGUGAAGGCAGUGAUGUAGAAAUAAGACACAGACGGAAGAAUGUAUUGGAUGAAGAUGAAGAGGAGUAUGAUUCAGAAGAAGAUGAAGAUGAUGAUGGGAGAAGGAAGAAAAAGAAGCCCAGAUUGUCUGGUUUCAUCAUUGAUGAAGCUGAUGUUGAUGAUGAGGGUGAGGAUGAUGAAGAUGACUGGGAGUCGGGAGCUGAAGAUCUGAUUGAAGCGAAGUCGAACUAUGAGGGGCCAACUGCUAGAGAAAUUGAGGGCAACCGGCGACUUGAGCACUUGUUCAAGUCGCAGAAAGAAGAUGAAAUAGAAGCCUAUUAUAGACAGAAAUAUGAGGAUUCCUCCCUCACAGAGAGGUUUGGAGAGGGUGCAGAAAUGUCGGAUGAAAUCACACAGCAAGGAUUACUCCCAGGAGUGAAGGAUCCCAAUCUUUGGCUGGUCAAAUGUCGUAUUGGAUUUGAGCGGGAGACUGCCAUUCAGCUCAUGCGCAAAUUUAUUGCCUACCAAUUUACAGAUGAACCUCUUCAAAUUAAGUCAGUAAUAUCCAAGGAGAGUCUGAAGGGUUACAUUUACAUUGAAGCAUUUAAACAGACUCAUGUGAAACAGGCAAUGGAGGGCAUUGGAAACCUCCGGAUGGGACUUUGGUCACAACAGAUGGUUCCGAUCAAGGAAAUGACGGAUGUGAUGAAGAUUGUACGCGAGUCGACAAUCCUAAAAGCGAAGGCGUGGGUGAGGCUUAAACGUGGCCUCUAUAAGGAAGACUUGGCUCAGGUUGAUUUUGUGGAGCCAGCUCAGAACAUUGUGCACUUGAAACUGAUACCAAGAAUAGAUUACACAAGGCAGCGAGGAGUAUUGCGGAAUGCACAGGACACAGAGAAACGGAAAAAGAAAAGAAGACCAGGACAGAAAUUGUUUGAUCUGGAUCAGAUAAGACAAAUUGGAGGUGAAGUUACGACUGAUGGUGACUUCCUCAUGUUUGAGAACAACAGAUAUAGUCGGAAAGGCUUCCUCUUCAAGAGUUUUGCCAUGUCCGCCAUUAUUGCAGAAGGCAUUAAACCAACACUAGCUGAGCUGGAGAAAUUUGAGGAUCAGCCUGAAGGAGCAGAAGUAGAUUUGAUUCCAGAGAAGUCCGCAGGUGAGGUGAGUCACACCCUGAUCCCAGGGGAUGUGGUGGAGGUGUGUGAAGGCGAGUUAGUACAUCUCCAGGGCAAGGUCAUUAGUGUUGACGGUAACAAGAUCACUAUGAUGCCAAAACAUGAGGACUUGAAGGACCCUCUCGAGUUUCCAUGUCACGAGCUCAAGAAACACUUCAAAAUGGGAGAUCACGUGAAGGUGAUUGCAGGUCGAUAUGAAGGAGAUACUGGGCUCAUCGUUCGUGUAGAGGAAAACAUGGUUGUACUUUUCUCGGAUCUCACCAUGCAUGAGGUAAGUAUUUGGCUUUAUUUCAAUUAUGUGGUGCUUGGUACCUGUGAUGUUCAUUAUGUGGUGCUUGAUACCCAUGAUGUUCAUUAUGUGGUGCUUGGUACCUGUGAUGUUCAUUAUGUGGAGCUUGGUACCUGUGAUGUUCAUUAUGUGGUGCUUGGUACCUGUGAUGUUCAUUAUGUGGUGCUUGAUACCUGUGAUGUUCAUUAUGUGGUGCUUGAUACCUGUGAUGUUCAUUAUGUGGUGCUUGAUACCUGUGAUGUUCAUUAUGUGGUGCUUGGUACCUGUGAUGUUCAUUAUGUGGUGCUUGGUACCUGUGAUGUUCAUUAUGUGGUGCUUGAUACCUGUGAUGUUCAUUAUGUGGUGCUUGAUACCUGUGAUGUUCAUUAUGUGGUGCUUGAUACCUGUGAUGUUCAUUAUGUGGUGCUUGGUACCUGUGAUGUUCAUCAUGUGGUGCUUGAUACCUGUGAUGUUCAUUAUGUGGUGCUUGGUACCUGUGAUGUAUGUGGUGCUUGUCCUCAGACAGUUGGGGCAAUUGUUCGGCUGGAGAAGGAGAAUUUUCAGGUCCUCAGCAUGCACAACAAGGUACAGAAUGUGAAACCACAAGCUGUUACACGUAAAAAAGACACAAAAAAUGCAGUGGCCCUGGAUUCCGAGAGUAAUAACAUACAAACCAAGGAUAUUGUCAAAGUCAUAGAUGGACCACACUCUGGUCGUCAAGGAGAGAUCAUGCAUUUGUAUCGUAGCUACGCCUUCCUGAUGUCACGUAUGAUGACAGAUAAUGGUGGCUAUUUUGUUUGUCGAACCAGACAUUUAGUUUUAGCAGGAGGAGCCAAGCAAUCAACAACAUCCAUUGGUGUGGCUGGUUUUAUGUCUCCACGAUUGUCAAGCCCCGCCCACCCAGCCAGCGGGGGAGGAACACCAGGCAGUGGUACCCCAGGACGGGGGAGAGGGGGUGGGGGUUUCAGUCGCAGAGACCGUGAACUCAUUGGUCAAACGGUGCGGAUCGUUCAAGGUCCUUUCAAAGGAUAUAUUGGUAUUGUAAAGGAUGCAACAGACUCCACCGCACGUGUCGAGCUACAUUCCAGCUGUAAAACGAUCUCGGUGGACAAAACAAGGCUCUCCACACUGACUGGAGGAAAGCCCAGUGGAAUGUCCUCAUCAUAUGGAAAGACUCCAACAUACAUGGGUGGACAGACGCCAAUGUAUGGUUCACGCACACCGAUGUAUGGUUCCCAGACACCACUCCACGAUGGAAGUCGUACUCCACACUAUGCCACGCCAGGAAGUCGUACCCCUCUACACGAGCCUGGUAGCAUGACACCUGGAGCUAGUGCAUGGGAUCCAGCCAAUCCAAACACACCAAGCAGGAAUUCAGAAUUUGAAGAUUUCAGUUUUGAUGAGUCAUCCCCUGCCAACUAUAACACUCCCAACCCUGCCACACCAGGAUACCCUGAGAGUACACCCAGCCCUCAGGGGCCAUUCACACCGCAGACCCCAGGGACAAGUUACUCGCCAUAUGGUCAGGCUUCACCCUCUCCAGCUAGCUAUCAAGCACCUAGUCCAGCAGGGUUCGGCAGCACCCCGAGUCCUGGUGGUUACCAGCCAUCUCCUUCCCCUGGCGGGUUCUCUAGCAGUCCUUCACCCAUGGGGUACAGCCCCAUGACCCCCGGGGCACCCUACACUCCACAAACCCCUGGCAUGGGAAUGGACCACAGUAUGGCAGAUUGGCACACCACCGAGAUUGAGGUCAAAAUCAGAGAAACCCAUGAUGACCCCAACCUCAUUUACCAGACUGGUACCAUCAGAAGUGUCACGGGUGGAAUGUGUUCUGUGUACAUUGCUGAGGAAGACAAGACAGUUAAUGUCGCCUGUGAUCACCUGGAACCUGUUCUACCUGAGAAAGGUGACAAGGCGAAGGUGAUUCUGAGCGAGGAGCGAGAGCUGACUGGAACACUGCUUAGUAUUGAUGGUGGUGAGGGUGUGAUAAAGACGGACCACGGGGAGAUCAAAAUGUUACCUAUACGGUUUUUAUGUAAAAUGACAUAAACAGAGGACAAUUCAUUCAUUACAACACUCACUUCAACACUCGACAUUGACUUUAGUGGCUCUAAAAAAGUUUUAACGAGCGCAAGCAUUGACAGACAAUUUUAAAGUGGUUUGUCAAUGAAAAUUAAAGCAAGACUAACAUUUCACAAAGUGCAUGCAUGGAUGGUCAGAAAUGAGUGUCAACUGAAAUUUAUUUUCAUGAGGAGACAAUGUCAGAUAUUACCAUAUUGGCUUGGAAAAGAUGCAGUUACAAAUAAAUUUACAAAACUUGGUCUUUAGGAACACAAUGUUGUUUGGUAAAUGGUAUUACUGAACGAGAGAGGGGAGGUAAUUCAUGGACGGGGAGGGAGGUCUUAAUCAGAUUAGAGUGAGACAACCCAUGGUUAAGGACUAAACGAUACACUUACAUUGCCAAUCAUGUUUUUAUCUUAAAACAAUUAUUUACUGGAAAGUUUGUAAUUAGGAAGCUGCAUUAUCAGUUACACAUAGGGAUGAUCCAGGCAGUCAGUUUUAUUGAAGAUGGUCAGCAUGGUUAGGUCCUGUGUUUACAGGCAGUCAGUUUUAUUGAAGAUGGUCAGCAUGGUUAGGUCCUGUGUUUACAGGCAGUCAGUUUUAUUGAAGAUGGUCAGCAUGGUUAGGUCCUGUGUGUACAGGCAGUCAGUUUUAUUGAAGAUGGUCAGCAUGGUUAGGUCCUGUGUGUACAGGCAGUCAGUUUUAUUGAAGAUGGUCAGCAUUGUUAGGUCCUGUGUGUACAGGCAGUCAGUUUUAUUUAAGAUGGUCAGCAUGGUUAGGUCAAGCUGUCCAGGAAGAAAGUCGUCUUUUGUACAAAUUUUGAGAAUACAAAUGUGCUAACAUUUUCCUUUAGUUUGGAGCAAUGGGGUCAUUGAAGUUUGAAAAUGGAGAUAGCUUUCCUUCAUUUUCAUUGUUAAAUGUUUCUUGACAAGUUUUUUCCCUCAAGUGACAGUACAAUCUGUGGCUUUCUGGUUUUGCCUCUAUAUUCUGAAAUCUCUUAAUGUUCAGGUGUACUUGUGUUUUUUUUUUAAAUUUGAAUCGAGAAAAAUUUGCGAUGGCAGUAUUCUUGACUUAAUUUCUUGUGGUAGCAAUUUUGAGAUUUUUCCCUGUCAAGUUAAAUACAGCUAUUUUUACAACAAAUCAACCUUGACAUGAAAAAGACCUUGAGUAUAAUCUUGUAUAUGUUUGGUGACUGUGUAUCGUGGAGUCUCAUCAAACCCAACGUAACAAAAGGAUUCUUUAUUUUACUUGAUAUUAGAUUACUGUUACUUGAUCUUCAGUUUUAUAAUGUAAAGAACGUUGAUUGUACUAUGAUGUUGCUUAAAUUAAACUUUUAAGCCAG